UAUACAGUCUUCGCAUAAUUGUGGCUAAUAUCAUUAGGUUCAGUUCUAUCGUAAAAGCAUGUAAACAUUUGGGUAGAGGACGCUCGAUUCAGUUCCCGAUAUGGAGCCCUUUCGCUCUUAAGUCUUAACGUUAUUCAUCGAACAAGUAUUAUACACACUGGCGGAAGAGAUCUUACCGAAUCAUACUGCAACCCCAUCGUUCAACGUUUCUUCUAUAUCAAACAUAUCUAUAGCUAUCAAGAUACGUCGCUUUAGAAUAUUCGUGAAUUCUGGCUGAAUAUGAUCAAUGCACAUUGCCAGCAAAGUCCAGUUGUUUACUGCAACGAGAAGAAGUUAUAUCAAUUCAGAAUCUUCGAGUUCAAAUCAGAGCCAUUUUGCGAAGAAAGAAAUAGUGCAUUAUUGUCAAGAUCCUGUGACAAUGUCACUCAGAAGCUUAAACAAGCUGAAAGAAACAAACGGUUGUCCGACUCGUUUCCAUUUCAAUACUGGACGCGUAUGUCAAACCAACGUAGCCAGCUAUUUAGUCGAACCAAGUCUUUACCAGUUGACUUGAGUGAAUGCGGGCGGGACUACUUAUGUCGUGACCAUUCACGUGAUGAUCACAUGCUACUUACGAACAAAUACAUAUAUACACGUGAUCACAUGAAGAGAAGGACUAAUGGCUUUCAUAAUAACCAUAAGGAAAAUCACACCUCAUGUGGAAUGUUAAAGUUAGUAGAAGACAAUAAAGGAGAGUUGAGGGCGGAGAGUAACUCACAAGGUGGAAAUGAUUUACCUUUAUCUCAUGCGGUACCACACGACACUAAUGGAGAUAUCAUGCAUAAUGAUGACUUACUUGAGAGACAAUGUGCGAAGAUGAAUUCAAAUCUGAAUCAGUUGUCAAAUCGGUACCAAAAGGAACAGCUUGAAGCGAAAUCGAAAGAAGAGCUCAUUUCUAUCGUCCUGGAGUUACAAGAUGCUUUAAACCUUGUUACUGACGGGUAACGUUGCGAUCAUGUGGUGUUAAAGUCGUAGGAAUAGAACAGGCCAAAUGAAGAUCGACGGAGUGCUUUAAUGAAAAGUCGCUUCUUCGUCCAUGUCAUCAUAUAGCGAAGGUCAUAUUUAAAAUCCUAUGGAACUUUCGAUGUUGCUUAAUAUUUAAACAAUAUUGCAACUGAGGAUGAUGUAUUUUUUUGCUAAAAUUAUUGAAUAACAGCAUUAUAAGAGUUGCCCCCAGAGGAAACUACAAAGCUCCUAUUAUUAUCUAAACUUUCAUGUCACGACGCCUGGAAAUUACUUGUUUCUUUUGGUUUAAGCGGAAGACAUGGGUAUAGGACAGACUUCAGUAGCUACAGACUAGCUUCAAUGCAACAACCUGCUGGUACAUAACGUGUUACUACGAAGAAACAGCAUUACGGUUAAUUAUUAGACGUGAAAUUAUUUAGUUAAGGUAUUGCCGUGCUGAAUAUCGUGACUUGAGAAAAUAAUUUGAUUACCUAGACGCAGCUAUAAGGAUAUACUAUACACUUAAUUUAUGCUCCUGAGGGAAAAAUGAGUUUUGUUUUUCCAAGAGUCUGAAUGUUUCCCGAGACGAAGUCGAGGAAGACAUUGAGAACCGAG